CUUCUAGGAAGACGCUCUAGUCCGCUCUUCUCGGCGGCGCGGACUCUCCGGGCCGCGGCUGACGUUGGACAACAAAGAUGGCGGCGGGGAGCAGCAACUACUGGGAAGAUCUCAGGAAGCAGGCGAGGCAGCUGGAGAACGAGCUGGACCUGAAGCUGGUUUCCUUCAGCAAACUCUGCACCAGCUACAGCAGCACCCGAGACGGAAGGCGCGACAGGUAUAGCUCCGACACAACUCCUCUCUUAAAUGGAUCAAGCCAGGACAGAAUGUUUGAGACCAUGGCUGUGGAGAUUGAACAACUUCUUGGAAAGCUUACUGGAAUAAAUGACAAAAUGGCAGAAUACACAAAUAGUGCAGGAGUCCCGUCCCUGAAUGCUGCACUGAUGCAUACGUUACAGCGUCAUAGGGACAUAUUGCAGGAUUAUACACAUGAAUUCCACAAGACCAAAGCGAACUUUCUGGCAAUACGAGAAAGGGAGAAUCUGUUGGGAUCAGUACGAAAAGAUAUCGAAUCAUAUAAAAGUGGGUCUGGCGUGAAUAACAGAAGAACAGAACUAUUCCUGAAGGAACAUGAACACCUUCGAAACUCAGAUCGACUGAUAGAAGAAACAAUAAGCAUUGCCAUGGCAACUAAAGAAAAUAUGACUUCACAGAGAGGGAUGUUGAAGUCAAUACAAAGCAAGAUGAAUACCUUGGCUAGUAUCCUUUCCUAAAAAUUUGUGCUGCCAGAGCAUAAGAAGAGACUUUGGGGCUUGCUAGUGAAGAUAGUGUUUGCUGAUAUGACCUUGACUCAAAUUCCUUAAAGAUCGGUUUCCAGCAGUGAACAGCCUGAUUCAAAGGAUCAACCUUCGGAAGCGACGAGAUUCUCUCAUCUUGGGUGGCAUUAUUGGCAUCUGUACCAUCUUACUGCUGCUAUAUGCUUUUCAUUGAUGGAUGUUCCCCCAUGGACUCUGCUAAACUCAUCACCACCAUCCCUCCCCCCCAGUCAAGGAAAAGUGAGUGGGGGAAGCGACAGACUUCAAACAGCCUGCUCGUCAUGGCUGCGAGUAUCAGCAUGAUGUCUAGAGCUUAUGAUGGUAGACUGUGACACUGGUUUUGGGUUGAAGCUGCAGUGUUUCUCCUUCCCUGCCAUACAUCUUCCUUUGGUUAAAUUUUGUGGGGUUUGUUUGUCUGUAAUUCCCUUUCUCACUGCAAGGUAGGUGAAUAUGGGACGCUUAUCAGAACCGGUAGAACAGUUUCUCUGCUCAGCGGCGGUGGGGAGGCCUGUUGUUGGCUGGUAAGUAGAAAAAGAUUGUUACGCUUGCCUUGGGUGGAAACUGCAGUAAGCCAGUUUCCCGUGUAGGCCAAGCGCAGUACUGAACACUUUUGCCCUGUGAGAAGAAUAUUGCAGCUUUAAGCCAUCAGGUUGCUUUACUACUAAAUACAUGUUCUGUAAUUCUUUUUAACUCAUGGUUGAGAUACUGGUUAUUUCUGCAUAAUUUGUGCUGUGAAAACUGUGCUUCACACAAAUUCCUCAAAGUAAAAAAAGGAUUGUUCAGUUCACUUUUUGCACACAAUAUGGAUAAACUACCCUCAGUGGAAGAUUUGUAAGGUUUCUCGUGGCUUUAAAGGGACUAGUAAGUCCCCCUUUGUAAAAAGGGAGCGCAGCGUCCUAGCAGCUGUUUACUGUAGUGUUCAGUCAUCUGAAAAGUGACCAAACAUAAGUUCACCUAAAAGUAGUCUUUUGGGUGUAAAUACUUUGAUUUUGGCUGGCAUCAUAAAAGUCUUUAUAAAGACAUGAUAAGCAGUUUGAAAAGUCUAUAUUGUAAUUUAGAUAAAGUUAUUCUAAUAGCAUUAAUAUUUUUACACUGUAAGUAGGAUAUAAUCUAAACUGUCAAUUAGAAAUUAAAAUUAUGACAGUUAUACCUGAGGCAAAUGUAUCUGCGUGCAAAAUUUUUGGACAUAACUCCUCAUAGUAAAGAGUCGAAUGUAUGAAUAGCGAAACAAGUAUUAUUUACCAUUAUCUGGGGCGGGGGGGAGGAUUUUUUUUGUCCAGACAUGCAACAUGAAUCCUGUUGUGUUUGCAUCUCUAAACAAAGCUGAUGUCAGGAAUGGCUUUGAUAUUGCAGAUUGACAAAUUACGGAUUUUUCUGCUCUUUCAACAGCUCUUUUCCAUCUGUCAUAUCAUAACCCAAUAAAUUCAAAUUGAGGCACUGAAAUAUCUUUCUAAAAACUUGAUUAAUUCUUUUCACAAUCAAUUUACAGUGCUCCUAACAGAUUUCAUGUAUGCCAUUACCCACAAAUGUCAGAUAGUCUCCAGGUUCUUUUCUGGAACAAAGUCUAGUGGGACAGACGCAAUUUUUUACUGCUUUUUAUAGUGUCUGUGAAGUACCUGUUGGAGGGAGUAGAGACUUGUGCCUGUGUAGUGUGCAAAACCACACUGUUGCGCCUAAAAUGUUUGUAUGGAGUUGAAGGCUUAUUUGCAGACUAAUAACUUUGUGCUAAAAAGUCAACAGAGGCUUCUAAUCAGUCGUCUUGUUGUUGGGAUUAGAAAGCAUUUGGAAUUAAUAUGUGUAAAACUGUGGGGCUUGUAUUUUAAAUAAAGGGUGAUUAUUUGGUUGA